AAAUUGGACACAAGGACGGAGAUGGUUAGAUGAUGGUGGUGUUUAGCGGUAGCAGUAGUAGUAGCACUUGGGUGGUUGUUUUGGAAGCCAAAAGCCUCCCUAUAAGCUGGGUCUAAUUAGCAGUAACUGAGUUGGGCCCAACCCACCUUGUUUCCCACUUCUCUUCUUCUAUAGCCCUCACCCCUAUCACCAACCCAAACAUCAGCCCUAGCAACCAUCUCCACCAGAAAAUAAGAAGGAAAAAACUCCCCUCUUCCUCUCACCAUUCUUUCUUUCCGUCUCCAUCUCUCUCUACACCAUCACUUCCUCUAAAUUAUCUACUUCCAAGUCCAGUGUGACGUUGAGCUGGGUUGGCGCCCGGCGGGGAAGGAGCCAUGAGCGAGCGAGAGACCCAGAACUUCAUGACUGUCACCGUCGACUCCUUCUCGGAGCUCCCCUUCCUCCGGCAAACGCCGGCUGGGGACAGGUCUUCCGAUUCCAACUCUUCCAUCCGGAUCUUUGGCAUCGACUUCCCCCAUGAGCCUGACUCUUCUCAAGAGGAACCAUCCAAGGAACCCAACACCUCCACCGCCGAUACUAGUACCGCCCAUCAGGGCACCGCCAACCCUAUCACCACCCGUAACAACAGUGGAAGUCGCGGAGAGAGUGGGAGGAAAUUCGAGUGCCACUACUGCUGUCGGAAUUUCCCGACGUCGCAGGCCCUCGGCGGCCAUCAGAAUGCCCACAAGCGCGAGCGCCAGCAUGCAAAGCGGGCCCACCUGCAGUCGACGAUGGCGGCUCACCACCACCACCAGCCCGGCCUCAUCACCGACGGACACUUGUACGGCCUCCUUGGCUACCACCGCCUCGGCUCGGCCCCUUCCGCCGGCCGCUUCGAGACCCCGCCACCUCCCCACUACCCUUCGUGGAAUGGCCCCAGCACUAGCAUCUGCCCGGGGACUCGAUUCUAUGGUGGGUUAGGGACCGUGUCGCAGCCCAUCGACGGCAGCCCGUUGCCCGGGCUAUGGAGGCUGCCUGUCCUUGGCGGUGCAGCAAGCUUUGGGAUGAUCCAUCGAGAUCGUUCGAUGGCGUUGCCGUUGCUUGGAGGGGAUGAUUCGACGAUGGUAGCGAUCGGUGGAGCUGGCGGCAUGGGUUCUUCUUCUUCCUUUUCUUCAUCUUCUUCAUCAACUUCUCCACAGAAUCGAGGUGGGUAUGGAUCCGGUGCAAAGGAGACUGUGAGUCUAGAUUUGCAUUUGUAAUUCAUAGCAAAUAAAGGAGAGCUCGUUAAUUAAAUUA